AUGGAAACCUGCUCAUAUCCAACUGCGCCACCAUCCAUACCAUCGUCAUCUCCAUUAUCCCCUACCAAACACCUCUCCCAAUUCCCAAUCUUCGCAUCAAAACUCUACCACACUCGAACUCACAUAUCAUACACCACACCAAUCUCAGCUACUUUGAAUAGUCCCAAAGGCUUUGGUCCCUCUCCGAAGAAAACCCAAAAGACCAAGAAAACAAAGAAAGGUUACGACAAUAAUGAUGAAGAAGAAGAUGAAGAUCCAGAGGAAGGCGUAAUACCAGAAGUAGUGACCAACAGGAUGAUAAGCCGGAUGGGUUUAUCAGUGGGUAUCCCUCUGUUUGUAGGCCUCUUGUUCUUCCCAUUCUUUUACUAUCUCAAAGUUGGGUUGAAGAUAGAUGUGCCCACAUGGGUGCCCGUCAUAGUAUCGUUCUUCUUCUUUGGGACUGCCCUACUGGGGGUCAGUUAUGGGAUUGUGUCCUCCAGUUGGGAUCCACUGAGGGAAGGCUCACUCCUGGGCUGGAAAGAAGCUCAGAAGAAUUGGCCUGUUUUCUGGCAAUCUCUCCGGGGUGGACCUAGAAAAAAGUAG